AUGCUCACGACGGCCGGGCGGCGGCUGUCGCGCGUGUCCGCGUCACCGCGGCCGCGAAUGCGGAACUACACUCUUGGCAACAUGCCACCACCGCCGGCGGUGAACAUUCGAACACACGAUCAGAUUUCGCCACAGGAACGCAAAUUCCUCGAGGCAGCCGAAAGAGGUGACAAGCCAACACUACAGGAAUGCCUUCUCACGAAAGAAGGCGAAGCGCCACUGAACGUAAAUUGCCUUGACUCGAUGGGCCGAUCAGCGUUGGAAAUCGCCGUUGACAACGAAAACAUCGAGGUA